AGUUUUUCAGAUUUUCUGAUUGCAAUUGUAUUCAAUGUUGCUGCCAAAAGCAUUGCAUACCAUUUAGGUCACCAUAACUGAUCGUCAUGGGAGAGUCAUUGGAAGUAUGGGUGUCUGAUAAGCUCUAUGACAUAUUGGGGCUGAGUGACAAGUAUGUGCCCCAGUUCCUCAUCAGCCUUGCCUCCAAGAGUUCAUCACCCUCAGAUUUGGUGGAGAAAAUUAGAAAAACUGAUACCAUUGAAGUUGGAGACAAAAUAAUUGCCUUUGCUGGAGAGCUUUGGGAACGAGUGCCUCAUGCAUCACAGACUCGAAUUGCCACAAACACCAAGGAUAGGGAAAAGGCUAUUGUUGAGAUGAUAGAGAGGAAUAAACAGUACAAACUCCUGUCUGACAGUGAAGAAGAGAUGCCUGCUCCAUCUACGUCAGCCAUCAAAAAGGAGGAGAAGAAGAAAAAAUCAAGAAAGCGAAAAAAGGAGUCAUCGUCUGAAGAGGACUCGUCAGAAGAAGAGAGAAUGAAGGAUCUGAAAAAGAGAGAUGAAUUUGCGGAGCGGAUGCGGGAAAAGGACAAGAGCCGCACUCGCAAUCUUGCUGAGAAGUCUGAUAAGAGGGGCUAUGCAGAAGCAGCUAAAAGGCUUCAAGUAGAAGCAGAAGACAGGGCCAAAAUGGUUCCAAAACUGAGAGUGGAAUCACGCAGGGUGUAUCUCCAAAAGAGGAAAGAAGACAAACUGCUGGAAUUGGAGGCAGAUAUUGCAGACGAGGAGUACCUUUUUGACGAAGCAGUUUUGACUGAGAAGGAGAAGGCAGAGCGAGCAUACAAAAAGAAAGUCCUGCAUCUUGCAAGAGAGCAUGAAAAUGCCCGAAAAAUGGAACUGGAAUGGAGGUAUCACAUGCCAGAAGAACUUAAGGGAGGCAAGGUUGAUGAUACAUAUGUUGAAGUGGAUGAAAAGGAAAAGGUACCACAUGCAGAACAGCGGAAAUGGGAGGAGGAGAAGCUAAGCUCUGCCACAAUGAAAUUUGGUGCCAAAGAUGCUGAACAGAAGCACAGGGAGAAGUCAAAGAAGUACGACUAUGUACUUGAUGACGAGAUUGAGUUUGUUCAGGUCUUUCAAAUGCCUGGAACAAAGGAGGAAUCAGAAGAGACAGAAGAACAGAGAAGGAAAAAAGAAAUUAAGAAGCAGAAGCAGAGUCUUGAAGAAACCCGAAAAUCGCUACCCAUUUAUCCCUUCAGGGAAGACCUCCUGGCAGCCAUUGAGGAACACCAGAUCUUGAUCGUGGAGGGAGAGACAGGUUCAGGAAAGACUACGCAGAUCCCCCAGUACUUGCAUGAGGCUGGCUAUACUAAAGAUGGGAAGAAGAUUGGGUGCACCCAGCCUCGAAGAGUUGCUGCCAUGUCAGUGGCCGCACGUGUUGCUACGGAAAUGGAUGUCAAGCUUGGGAACGAGGUUGGGUACAGCAUUCGAUUUGAGGAUUGCACUUCUGAACGAACCCUUCUCAAGUAUAUGACUGAUGGUAUGCUCCUCAGAGAGUUUCUCUCAGAGCCUGAUCUCGCUGGUUACAGUGUGCUGAUUGUCGAUGAGGCACAUGAGCGAACCCUGCACACAGAUGUCCUGUUUGGCCUUGUCAAAGACAUUGCCAGGUUCAGAGAUGAUUUGAAGCUCCUGGUAUCAAGUGCCACACUUGAUGCAGAAAAAUUCUCUUCCUUCUUUGAUGAUGCUCCCAUCUUUCGCAUUCCAGGUCGACGGUUUCCCGUGGACAUCUUCUACACAAAAGCUCCAGAGGCCAACUACAUGGAAGCUGUGGCCGUCACAGUGCUCCAGAUUCAUGUCACCCAACCAUUACCCGGUGACGUUCUGGUUUUCCUCACAGGUCAGGAAGAAAUUGAGACCACCAUGGAAAUCCUCCAAGAAAGAACGAGGAAGCUUGGUUCACGCAUCAGGGAGCUCAUCAUCCUCCCUAUUUAUGCCAACCUUCCAUCAGACCUACAGGCCAAAAUAUUUGAUCCGACCCCACCUGGUGCACGCAAGGUGGUGCUGGCUACAAACAUAGCUGAAACUUCCCUCACUAUUGACAAUAUAAUCUAUGUGAUAGACCCUGGAUUCUGCAAGCAGAAUAGUUUUAAUGCACGGACUGGCAUGGAGUCUCUAGUUGUCGUUCCCAUUUCAAAAGCAUCAGCAAAUCAGCGAGCAGGGAGAGCUGGUCGUGUGGCUGCAGGAAAAUGCUUCCGCCUGUACACAGCUUGGGCAUACAAGAACGAGUUGGAGGACAACACUGUCCCCGAAAUCCAGAGGGUGAACUUGGGAAAUGUAGUCCUCCUCCUCAAAUCCUUGGGGAUCCAGGAUCUCCUGCACUUUGACUUUUUGGAUAAGCCUCCUCAUGAGUCAUUGAUUCUUGCUUUAGAGCAACUUUAUGCUCUUGGUGCCCUGAAUCACAAGGGAGAGCUUACUCUACUUGGCAGAAAGAUGGCAGAGUUUCCUGUGGAUCCCCUGAUGGGCAAAAUGUUGAUUUUUUCUGAAAAGUACAAGUGCUCUGAAGAGAUCUUGACAAUUGCAUCCAUGCUGAGUGUGACAGGAGCUGUCUUCUAUAGGCCCAAGGACAAGAUUAUACAUGCUGACACUGCUAGGAAGAAUUUCUUCCUUCCAGGAGGAGAUCAUAUCAUGCUCCUCAAUGUCUACAAUCAGUGGGCUGAGACAGAUUUCUCAACCCAGUGGUGUUAUGAGAACUUUGUGCAAGUGCGGUCAAUGAAGAGGGCUCGUGAUGUGCGAGAGCAGCUGGAGAGCCUCAUGCAGCGAGCUGAGAUCGAACUUCACUCAAAUCCUCUUGACUCCAUUGCCAUUCGCAAGGCCAUCACUGCUGGAUACUUCUAUCAUACAGCUCGCUUGAGCAAAAGUGGAAAUUACAAGACAGUGAAGCAUAAUCAGACAGUGCUGAUACACCCAAGCAGCAGCCUCUUUGAAGAAAUCCCUCGCUGGGUUCUCUACCACGAACUGGUCUUCACCACCAAAGAAUACAUGCGACAGGUGAUAGAAAUAGAGAAUAGCUGGCUCUUGGAAGUGGCACCGCACUACUACAAGGCUAAGGAUCUCCAGGAAGAGGCAGUGAAGAAAAUGCCUCGGGGGAAAGGCAAAGCCAAGAACGAACUUGGAGAA